AUAAGUUUGAAUGCUCGUGGGUAAUUUGGAAAAUAGUAAAUAGUUCUGAUAAAUUAAAAAAAAAACAAUUAAGAAAGCAAAAUAUCUAUGUUAAAUUUAUGUUAUAACAAGAAAUAAAAAUAUGGAUGGCCCUAAAACUAUUGUUAUACCAGAUCCCGUUUGUAAAAGUUCAGGCAUAGUUGCUACAUGGGCAAAUCCAGAAAUUUUAUCUGUCAGAGCUUAUCAACAUAUCACAAGUUCUACAAAAGAUACUCCCUCACCCUAUGAGAACAAAGAUAUAAAAAUCCACCACAUAAGGAAAACUAACAUUCUUCAAGAUAAAAUACUUCGUAAGCUUGUUAAUGAAUCUAUUGGUAGUUUUCUAUCAGUCCAACAGGUGUCUAAUGAUAAUGCCCAACAGAAAUUAGUGAUUUUAUCGAGACAAUACAGGUCGAUUAUCAGAGCUUGUUUAGAAAACCUUCAAGAAAAGGUGGAUAACUUAAGUCUCAAUGAAGAGAAGAGAAGUGAAUAUCAAAACUAUGUCACUAUUUUUUAUUCUGUUGAAUGCCUUUGGCACUUAUGUGAAAUUAUAUUGAUAGAUUCUGUUCCUGGUAAUAUUAUUGUUCCUCAGCUUUUAUCUUGGAUCCGUCUUCAUUUCCACACGCAUGAAACAACUGCAUCUCAAUUAUUAGUUCAAGGAGUAGGGGCCCAAUCGAAUCCUGAAUAUUGGAAAUGUAUUAAGGGUCACUUAGUGCAAGGAAGAACAGAUAUUGUUCGAGCUUUGCUCAAGUUACAUUCUAGUGCAGACAGUGUUCCGUUUAAUUUGGCUGAUAAUCUGUUAAAAACUAUGCCAAUGUAUAAUAUAUAUGGAUUUGUUUCUGUAAGCGAUUUCACUAAUCGUUGGCGACAUUGGUGUUUGAAUUGCACAGCGCAAAUUGAUUCUAAGGCAUUUGUAAGUGAAAAGAAUUUGGAACAAAUAAUGAAGUUAUUAGUAGGCGAUAACACUGCUUGGCGAGAGGAAAGAAUGUUAAGUACUGCAUGGUAUGAACUAUUUCCUGGUUGGUUGCUGUAUACAGAUCCUUCAGUAAAAUGGUUUUCAUUAAAACCAUUAGUUCGAAGUUGGUUUAUGAGUAAUGAAAAAGAAUCUUCUCUAACUCAUCUUGAUAAACUGAUUUUAGCUGUGAUGGAGUGUGAUAUUGAAUUGGUAAUUAGGGAAAUUCAACAUAUGUCAGACAAUGGUUGGUUUGUAACACAUUUUACUGACCUUCUGCACCACUGUAUAAGGCUCAAUAUUUUGGAUAAUAAUGAAAUAAGUGUUACUAAUGAGCUUCGAGAAACUUUAGUAUUAGAAUAUGGAACCCAACUGUUUUCCCUACCAGGCAUGUGGGAAACAGGAUUAUCAUAUCUAGAUCAUUGUCCAGAAUCUGGGAAAGCCACACAAAUACUUUUAUUAUCAAGUUUACCCUUAACAACUGAUCAUCAAACAAGUAAAAUAGUUAGAGCAGCCAUGAAUAGAGGCUUGCAAGAAGUCGUUACAACCGUCUGUAAAGUACGUGGAAUGCUAUACCUAAAUAGAGGCCGAUUAGGUAAUGCUUUAGCUUGGGCAUUAAAAUCUCAAGAUAGAGAAUUUGCCACACAUAUUGCAGAUAAAUUUUUAAGAUCAUACAACGAAGAAGCUUCUUUAAAAUCAAAGGAUAUGUUACAAUCUUUGGGUUCAUGCAUGUUGCUAAGUGAUAGAUUGAUAUUUUUAGCUAAAUAUCUUGAAUUUCAUAAUUUAUAUCAAUCGAAGUCUUUUGUUGAAGCUGGGCAAUUGUUAGUAUCUCUUUUAGAUAUUACUCCAAAAUAUUUUUGGUACACCCUGCUUACUGAUGCAUUACCUCUCUUAGAAGCGGAUGAUUUGGUUUUCGAUAGUGAAGCAACUCAUACAAUAAUGCAAAGCUUAACAACAUUUUGCAAUGAUUUUAAAUUUUCUAAUGAUGAUGCAAAAAGUGAUGAGAUAAAAUUAAUAAGAUAUGCAGCUGCAAGAAACCUGUCAAGAGCUUUGAUCAAAGAGGGAUGUGAAGUUUAAUUUUUCAUGAAAUUGUAAACGCUGUAUAUUUUUUUAAUAAAGCCUUGAAACUAU